AUGAAACAGGUUGAUACAAAUUUACAGUAUCAUGAUGAAUUAAUGAAACAAAUGCAAAAUGAAGUACAAAAUCUCCGAGAGUUAGAAAGUAAACAACUACAAUUACGAAGACAACAUGUCAACUUAGUCAAUGGUCUUGAAUAUGAACAAAAUGAAUUAUAUCAACACGAUUUAAAAGCUAAAACGCUUGAAAAUGAACUUCGACAAAACAAUGAAAAACAACAACAAAUGAUAGCAGACAAGGAAAAAUUAGAACGACAAAUUCAUGAAAUGAGAUUCAAAGAAGAAUUAAAUAAACGAAAUAAAUUAGAAUUAUCCUUAAAUGGUUUACAAGAAUUAAUCAGACGAACGCAAGAAGAAAUCCAAGAAAUUCAAGAAAAUUUAAAUCGAGAACAAGCUGAAUUGGCAAGAAUUGAAACUCAAAUAGAAGAACUCAAUGCACAGAUCAGAGAAAAAGAAAAUGAAAUUCGACGUAUUAAUCGAGAUCCUGAACGUUUAAACAAUAAACAACAGCAGUUAAUGUUAACUCAUAAUGAUUUAAGAAAACAAAAAACGGAGUUAGAAAUCAUCAUUGCACAAUUGGCCAAUGUACUGCCGGAAUAG